AUGUCGGACGUAGAAAAGGAAACGGAGUACACUGAUAAUGUUGUAGGGGAAGAAGAAGAAUAUAAGAGCGAAAAUGAACAAAAUAAUAUAGUGGACCACGAAGAAGAAGCCGGUAGUGAAGGUAAUGAACAAGAAUACGAAGACAGGGGUGACGAUGAUGACGGUGAUGAUGAUGUAUUCACCACCCAGUCCCACAAACUCUCUGAGGGAGAAAGUGCAAUCACCAAGAAGAAAAACGUUAGGAAAAUAAAGAAGGAUGUGCUCGAAAGAAGUAAUGGUAAUGACCGUAAUGAGCCAGCUUUCGUUGGAUUGAGUAGUAAUAAUAAUGAUGACAAUGGAGAUGAUGGAAGAGAUGAAAUGGCCUCUUAUCAUAACGAAGACCCACAAACACAAAGGAGAAGACUACUUGAAGAAAGAAUGGACUCAGCAGUUAAGCUGAAGUCUAACAGAAGACGUAAGGCGGACGAAGAUGAUUUGGAAAGAAUGCAGGACGAUAGGAUCGACGACUUGAAGGAUAGAAUGAUCAAAGCAGCCAAUUUGGAUGUUGACAAGAACUCCCAAGGACAUAUUGCUACAGAAAAGUUGAAGUUGUUGAACGAGGUGAGUGCUGUCUUAUCCAAGGCUGACUUGGCUAUUUCUAUCCUAGAUAACAACUUACUUGAAGCUGUUAGAUUGUGGCUCGAACCAUUACCAGAUUCGUCUAUGCCAGCUUACCAGAUCCAGAAGGAGUUGAUUCACUCGUUGACCAGUCUUCCAAUAAAGACAGAUCACUUAAUUGCAUCAGGAAUAGGAAAAGUAUUAGUUUUCUACCAGCGUUCCAAGAGAACCGAGGGAAACUUGAAGAGAAUCGUUGACAAACUUAUCGGGGACUGGACGAGACCGAUUUUGAACAAAUCUGACUCAUACAAGGAUAGAACUAUCCAAUUCAACGAGUACAAUAAAUCUAAGUUCACCAAUCAAUUGCAAUCACAACGUCAACUCAAGCCCAAAGAAGAGAAGACAUUGUACGAACAGAGUGCCGAAAGACGUCGUAGAGCAGCCAUUCCCGCUGCGAGAACAACUGCGUACAAGAUCGCACCUAGGGUUGAUCCUAGUUUGUUGAGAAGGCAACAGAUGAGAUCAUCAGGAAGUGGAUUAAGAGACGAGAGGUUCAGAAGAUUGAACCAGAAGUUGACUAGUAUGGGAGUUAAGAAGACGGUGAAAAAGGGAGGACCAUCUAUUGAAGGUAGAAAUUUGGCUAUGUAA